UUUUCACUCACUUAUGAAAACCAGGUCAAUCAUCUUUAUAAUUCAUCCGAUUCUACAACUUGUACUACGUUCAAUGUGGCGUCCCAGAAGUAUGGAGGCAGAUGUUUGAAUCAGUCUUCGAGCUGGGGAGCCUUACCUAGUUGUCAACAUGUUCUUGAUGGAGACACAAACGUUGGCUGGAACUUGUUGUCGAAGAAUGAGAGCGUCAACUCUUCUUUCACAAUCUGUUUUCACUCAACCUUCGUCAUUAACAAGCUACGAAUAAGUCAAAACGCAAGUACAAAUCAACAAAUUCAGGAAAUGUUGUUGGAGUUUAGUGACAGUACUCUGGAAAAGAUUACGCUGAAGGAGAAUCGGUCUGAUUUUGAAGAGUUUUUCUUCACGUCUCGCCGGGCAUCUUGGGUCAAGUUUACAAUUACAGAGGUAAAUUGCGGUAGCGGUGGGGUCGGGAUACAAGAAAUUGAAAUCUACGAUGAAAAGUGUGAUCACAAAACAUUCUGUGACACUAUACAACUUUCGGACCAUAGUCGAUCGAGUCACUACCGCUUACAAAGUAAUCAGUUCCCACUUAUGAUUGAAGCUGAAGACGAUGUUUUGGUGCUUCUCACAAGUGACUCGCGAGGCGAUGACUAUCAUUACAAGAUUGAGAUCGGUUCAAACGGGAGUAUCGCUUUGAGUAACAAGACCAACGAAUGUGAACAACGGUUCAAAUCGAACGUUACUUUGUUGAAAGCUAACGAAACACGGCUAUUCUGGCUGGAUAUACAAACGGACCGACUGGUUUUUGGUUCCGGAGAACAGAUUUACUUAUUCUGGAGAGAAGCAAAACCGAUCAAAAUCAAGUACGCUGUAUUUAACACAACGACUUCCCCAGCUUCGUUUCAGAUUUGUCCACUCAUGGGAGUCGUUAAACGCCUCAAUAUCACCGUUAAAUCUGAAUCAAGUCAGACACCUGAUAGGAAUUUGCCGAAUGGUGUGGCUUUCAUUUGGGUUAAUAACGAGAACUAUGCGCCACAGAGCAAAGGGUACAACGUUGCAGUUUUUGACGCCCUCACAGGUCGUGUCCUCACUUCAGCUGCUUUCGACUGCGCGGAAAGCCAGAAAGAGUGCGACAAGCUGGGUACGUUCCUGAAGGACCUACCUCAAGAUGUUAUAGUUUUACUGGCAGUACAGGACUCUGCAGUGGGCUCUUAUACUCUUCCAACGAGCGACCUGAUCGGCAUUGGUGCACAAAAAGCCAGACGCGUUGUUGGGCAAACGUCUCACGCUGUUAUUGGAUAUAAAGGAUGGAGAGGCGUGACGUGGAUAAAGGAAGAUUUUAAACAGAACGGUGAAGAACCAGCUGAAGUGUCAUCCAGCAUUCCAAUCAGCUUUCUGUACCUACCGGAGGAUUCUACAGCUUGUACUCCGUUCAAUGUGGCGUCACAGAAGUAUGGAGGCAGCUGUUUGAAUCAGUCUUCGAGUAACGGAGCUUCGAAUGGCUGCGAAAAAGUCCUUGAUGAGAGCACGGCUUUUGGCUGGGAGUCGUCCACGAAUGAGAGCGUCAACUCUUUUUUAGAGAUCGGCUUUCAUUCCACUUUCACCAUCAACAAGUUGCGAAUUAUGCAAAAAACGACUCCUGGACGAAGGAUCCACAAAAUUCUGCUGGAGUUUAGCGACCAUUCGCUAGAGGAUAUUACUCUUGCGGAAAACUCAUUGGAUUUUGAGGAGUUUACCUUCUUUUUUCGCAAAGCAGAUUGGGUUAAGUUCACAAUAAUGGAGGUGUAUAAUGGCAGUGGGGGAGUCGGAAUACAGGAAAUUGAAUUCUACAAUGGAAUGUGCAAACAAAACACAAUUUGUGACGUCCUUCAGCUCCAAAGCGACAGUAAAUCGGUUCCCUACCGCCUACACUCCACCCGGUUUCCGCUGAUGAUCAACUCAAGAGAUAAUGUCUCGGUUUUACUCACAACUACGUCGCGUGUCAACAGCCCGCUGUAUAACAUUGAAAUUGUCGCCAAUGGGGAUAUAAUCUUGAAAAUUAAUGACGACGAGAUUAAACAAGUGAUGAGAUCCAACGUUACUCUGUUGAAAGAAAACGAAACACGGCUGUUCUGGGUGGAGAUGCUUACGGAUCAAUUGGUGUUUGGUUCUGGAGAAAAAAUUUACCUGUUCUGGAGAGAUGCGAAACCAAUCAAGACCAAGUAUGCUUCUUUUUCCACAACGAGUUCAUCCGCGGUGAUCCAUGUCUGUGCACGUUUAGAUCAUUGCUACAAAGAUACUGCUCACUAUUGGCCACUGGACAAGUCCGUAGUUUAUCAACAAGAUGUGAAAGGAGACGGAUCUCUGGUGGGAAAGAUACAUGGUCCGUGGACCAUACAUCACAUACCCGCUAACCUAAACUUCACACCGCUGGCGCUUUCCCUCUCUGGCUCGCAUUCUUGGGUUGAUCUUCGUUCCGUAGAAAAGAGCGAACAAAGCUGUAUUUUCAGCCCUUCGCAUUGUAAUAACGGGAUUUCUCUAAGCUUUAAAGCAUAUCUUUCUACAAACGGAAUCGGUUACAUUUUGUCUUCAGGCGGGAAAAACUCAAAUGGUUUUUCUAUUUACCAUGACGAUGGUGUCAUGCAUUUUAAUGUGCGAGAUGGGCAGAAUAUCUGGCAGGUUCAGGGAUCUUAUGAAAGUAAUGCAUGGCACACAUUUGCAAUGAGCUGGAGUCACGCAGACGGUUUAACCGCGGUCAUUGGCGGAGAUUCGACCAGUGUCUUGCGUGACACAGGUGGAAAGACUGUCACGUUAACGCAAGCCUCGCACUCUUCAUUAAUAAUAGGUCGCUCUACGAACAUGGACGGUGGAGUCCAUGCAGAAAUUGUGCUAAGAGAUGUAGCAAUAUGGGAAGAGGCAAUUGCUCAAGAAAGGAUGUCAGCACUGUUCGUCUGUAACGAUCUCGAAAGUUGCAAUCCAGGAUGGCAGUAUUUCGAUGGUUCUUGCUACAAGGUCAUGGUUGAACAGCUCGAUUUCAGUACAGCUCUCGAAUCGUGCCGAAACGGAGGAGGGGAAUUGGUAAAGAUUUCUUCAGAAGAGGAAAACAAUUACGUUAAAGCUAUCGCAAACAAUGCACAGCCGUGGAUCGGACUAGAGAAGAAAACAGCCGAUGGCAGUUUCAGUUGGACAGACGGCUCAGGACUCUUCUUUAACGAGUUGGAUGGCUCGGAAGACGCGAAUCACUAUUGUGUGAGGAUGAAAGACGAUGGAAAAUGGACAGUUACUUCUUGUUCCUCGACACACAUAUCCAUUUGCGAACAAAUUCCUUGGAAUUACUUGGGUUGCUAUGAAGACAGCACCUUUUCGCCAAGGUUUGUUUUCAACCCGGGUGAUUACCGAGGUAGCAGAAUCACCACUGGUCUCUGCAUGCACUCUUGCGGCACUCUCAACUUCACGUAUGCGGCCUUGAGGGGUGGCAACAUAUGUCUGUGUUCCAAUUCUACGGCAAACGUUACAGAACGUCCUCGAGAUCUGUGCCUGUCUGCCUGCCUUGGCGCUGGAAAUCUUAAGUGCGGUGGAGGAUCAUACCUGUCCGUUUACAAGUCUGUCCAAGUCCAACCUCUAAACUUAGAACUGUCAUCAGAUUCUUCCGCUGUGGUUCUCAAAGCGUUCAACUUGAAAAUGAAACCCUCUCUCUCAGAGGACCAAAUUGUCGAGUCUUUCGAAAUAAUCGUGGGAGAUGGUGUGGAGUUUCUGAAUCAUAAUGAGACUAAAUCUGAGGCUACCCUAUUAUUCAUUCACCCGGGAAACUACACGGUUAGAGUAAAAGCAAAUGUAAAACAUACAAAAACUGGUCAUCACUUAGCGGUGGAAUCUUCUAUGACUGAGCUAGCAGUGUCUAAUAUUACGGAUAUCGAGUUCAUCUGUCCUGCGGUAUGUCCUGUGAAAUUUACGUUCAGUUGCUCUCUGCAAUUUCACCAAGGAAGAAACGUGAAUGCCACUAUAGAGUUUGAAGAAGUAGAAUAUAAUUCUGGUUUUAUUCCCGAUGCAAUGAUCAUGACAGCGGGCGUAAUAGUUUCUGACCCAGGUGGCCAGGAUACUUCUGACGGACUGUACUUGUUACCUACAACGGACGUCACAAAUAAAGGGAAAGCCGUGGCUUUUAAAAUGGAAGUCAGUCGGGGAGGCUUUCUAGAAAUCAAGGUUUAUCGUCCGAAGUGUUUAGAUUCUAAGCAGCGCUACUGUCGAGCAAAAAGGAUGUGUGUCUCCUCAGUUUUGUACAGCAACGUGUGCCCAGCAGGAGAAACGGAUAACACGGUUGGUAAUAAAAAAUUCAGCUUUGCAGGAGCACAGUGUGUCAAGGAAGAUGGUUCAUUCAGCGAGAACAACACGACGGCCCAAGCAAACUUUGACUACGAAAAUAUCUCCAGUUGUAUGAUUCAAACAACCAGCGGCCAUAAGGUUGUUUUAGUCGAGAGUUGCACUCUGCGACUUGAGGUUGACGAAGGCGAUGUCAUUGCCGUGCAAUUUCCUUCUUCAAAGCCAGCUGCGGCGAUUGAAACAAGUUUGUCUAGUAUUUCUCUUUUUUAUAACGAGUCGCUAUCAAAUGGCACCGAAGUUCUUCGUAGUAAUCGCCGUCCUGCAACAGCUUCAAGUCCAACAGAGCUUCAUCAUGCGCCUAUGAUAGCCAUUUUAUACACCGCAUUGUCUGGGAGAAGCUUUGAUCAUGUUUAUCAGACAUACGGAAAUAAGUCAGUUUCUCUUACCGUUGAGAAUUCCCACAGAAAGGUCAACUAUACAGCACAGAUUGUUGUCCAAGAACCGAUAAAAGGACUCGAGUUAAGCUUGCCUGAUGUUUUUGCGUUAGAAGAAUCCGUUAACGUCACUACUAAUGUAACUAGUGGUACUGAUAUAACGUACUACUGGCAAUUCAGCGACGGUGUACAUAACACAACGGUUUCUCCGUUUGUAACGCGGGUUUUUAAGAAAAUUGGAGAAGUGGAUAUCUUCGUCUAUGCGACAAACGAUGUAAGCUCAGCAGCUGUUAGGUGCUCGGUCGAUGUUCAGGAAAGAAUCGAUGGUUUCAAAUUUAGGAACAAUUCCCUUUUGCCCGUUGAAUACGGAAAAACAGUCAGCAUUUUCUGGCUUCUUCGUAAAGGAUCUCACGUUAACUUUAACUUCAGCAUCACAUCCAAGAAGGAUAGGUAUUUUCGCAACGCCAAGACUGUUAAUACAAUUUUGUUCUCCAUUUAUAAAACAAAUUUCAGCAUCCCUGACUUGUACUUCAUCACGAUCGUUGCUGCAAAUAAGGUGAACAAUUUGACUCUCAGUGGUAACUUGAGUGUGGAGCAAAAUCUUACCAGUAUCGAAAUGAAUUUUACUCGCUUGGUGAAAACAAAUCAUAGUUUUGACUUCAUCAUGUUGCCCCACCAGGGAAACAGAACAGCAAUAUAUACUUUGAAUAUUACUAGAGAGACUGACCCAACUAAAACCACUCGAAGUAGAACAUCAUCCGUGGAUAGAAAGUACUCAGUCGUCUUGGGCGCUGAGAAUGAUCAAAUUUCACGCUUUCCAAAUGACUCAAACAUAACAAUAACAUAUGAGUUUAGUAAUGCCGGAAAGUACUCAGUCGCUUUGAGCGCCGUGAAUGAUAUCAGUUCCCUCGCCCAAAACUACCCGAACAUAACCGUUCAAGACGAGAUAAAAGAUUUCUCGUUCGAUGAUUAUAACACAGAAAUUAUCAUACAGAUUUCGUCUGACAGGGUAAACAUCAGUUGGUCGUUAGCUAAAGGGACCAAUGUAAGCAUUGUUGUUGACUACGGUGAUGGUAACAAGACGCACCCUUGGGUCAUCCCAAAUGAGGACAAACAUCCUAAUACAAAAUAUAGAAAUACAACCACCUACGACUACAAGGAAGCUGGAAAAUAUACCAUCAGUUUCAAAGCCAAGAAUCUUGUGAGUGAAAAGCAAUUAAACAAGGCAGUUUAUGUUGAUCCUUAUGAACUCUACUUCAGAUGCGUGCAAUGUAGAGAAGAAGGAAGCGAAAGUGUUGCUAAUCCCUCCAGCAAAUUAACAUUCAAAGGAUAUGGAAAAGCGCGAGGAGGCAAACCGAUCAACUUCAACUGGAAAGUAAAAAACUGUUCAAAAGACGGGAAAGAUUGCGCAGUACCGAUGGACUUAAAGGAUUUUAACAGCACUCCUUUGGAUUGGAAAUAUUUAGUAAUAAAACCUGACAAACUUCAAGGUGGUAUACGUUAUAAGAUUAUAUUAGUUGGACAAGUUGGCGACCAUGAAAAACAGAAAACAAAACAGUUGCGAGUCAGGGCGAACAUAGCUCCUUCAAAAGGGAAUUGUACGAUCACACCGACGGAGGGGCAGGCUCUGAAAACGCUCUUCAACUUGACCUGUAACGGAUUCAAUGACAGCGAUAGACCACUACGUUACGAAUUUCUGUACUCCAAGAGUCCGAAAGACUUGAACCAAAGUUUAGGUAGCGGACUAGACCCUUGGCAGAAUAAUGUUGUCCUCCCCAGUGGGGAAAACAUCACAAUAUACGCCAAAGUUUGAGACUCAGUAGGAGCCAUCACUAUCGUAACGUUCACACCACCUGUUAAGGUGGAAACACUAAACUUAGACUACGAAGAGUUGACAAGAGAGACUGAGAAACUACUGAAUUCUACCGAAGGAGACACGAGGCGC